GGGGGGGAGGAGGAGGUCAGUGAGGAACCGCGGAGGGUCGCGCAUGCGCACGUCGCUUCCGGCGGCGGAGGGGCGGGGCUUUGGGCGGUGACGUCACCGGGACCCUCCCCCCCCCCCAUCACUCAGUGGCCAAAAGUCUGACGAGUUGCGGCCGCAAUGGAGGCCUCGCGGAAGGAGCAAUUGAUGUCCGCCGCACGGAAAACGCUGAGGAUAAAGAACAGGAAGGGUCUGUCCGCACCGUGCUGUCUGAGCCUCGGUGCCGAGAUCCUAGCAGUAGAUGCCGGGUUAAAGCCAGCCUUCCUGUUUGAUUACAGUCGAGCAGGAGCCGAGCAGCUCCAGGAUUAUAUUCAGGAGAUACAAAAGACUGGGCUGAUCUACCAGCGUUUACACAUCCUCAGCCUCGGGGAUAAUGUUCUGAUACUAAACUUGAGCAAAACUAUCAGACACUUAGAGAAGUCGCUCCAGGGAAACUGGGUUCCACUCAUUGACGUAUCUGCCUGUAGAGGGGUGCCAACACUGGCUGAUACAAGUGUCAUCGAACAAGUGAAAACUCAGAUUGAGUUUAUUUUAGCCCAUUUGAAAUCUCUGGCAGUCGACAGAGGGACGUGCGAUUCAAAGUCCGUCACUACCAGCGAAAUGUUCUCAUCGGAGUGGAACCUGUGUACGGUGUUUGGAUUUCUCCUUGGCUUCCCAGCUUCAUACUGGUUUGACUUCGCUGAGAGUUUUGAGAACUGUCUGAGUAUGAUUGAACUGCGAGUGUUCUCUGUUUCUGCCGUUUGUUCUAGAAUCAGCAAAGAUCUCAAACACCGAAUGUAUUCCUUCAGCGUCCCAGAAACUAUCUACUUGGAUCUGCAGCACUGCGUGGAGACUUGGAAGAAAGAUCUACAGUUCAACUUUAACAAGCAAUCGGUUUUCUCAGAGCUCAGUAUUUCCACAGAGAUAGUCUCUCUACCCGCAGUUGCACUAUAAACACAGUCCAACUCCAUUUUAGUGUAUAAUCCAUCAGUGUAACAUGCUUCAGUGAGGCUUGAGUGGAGAGGAACUGUGGCCAAAUGGUGUAAGCAGUUCACAGCUUGGCAGGUAACUUUGUCAAAUCAUUGGUACAGAUUACUACAGAAAUAUUCUGAGCACGAUCCAAAGUCCACCUUGUUAUUUUCCCUUUGCCUGUUUUCGCUGAAACAAUGUUAUUUAUCCUGUGUAAUAAAGUAACCGAACAUGACUUACCAC